AUGCUUGAUGCUGAGGACCAGGAUGAACGGAACACUGAGCCAUCACAAUGGGAUCCUUGGAUCACAGCAUCCACCUCAAAGGGGAACUAUACUACGAUGCCAUCAGCUUUGAAAGACCCCGGAGUCGAGCUACAAAUGCUUCAUCUGAAUGCAGACUUCAGAUUAGCAGAACGCUUGCCCUCCUACUACACUCUCAACAUUUUUGCGAGUCCUACGGUCCCUCGACUCAUCUUCGAUCGCCGCUCUGGUCAGUUACUGCAUACAUUUCUGUGGAUCUCAGAAUCGGAAGAACUUCAGCAGUUGUCUUGGCGUUCCCGGAUUCAGAGUUAUCAUCCUCACGAUGUUCUGUGCCUUGAUCACUUCACCAAGCAUCGCGCGAAAGAACGACGAUUGAAAAUCCGAAAUGAACACGCCGAAGGGUUCUUCGCUGCCCUCCUAGGUUAUAAUGACUGGCCUCCGAGCAUUUGGGACUUGUUUAGAGUUGUUCGACAGAUAGAUGAUGUUAUAAAGCUUGUUCAUGAUCGCUUUCUCUUCUCAGGACUUGCGCUAAACACAGGAGACAUAUCCGAACUUCCCAGAUUACCACCAAGACCAAUGAACGCCAACGUACUCUAUGCUAUCUUGCCACAGGUCAAUUACGACUCGCGUGUCGCUCAUUUCCUCAGCGUUCAUACAAACUCCUUGAUCGUCAUGCUAAAGGUACACCUUGCCCCGAUGUUAGCAGCAGCAAAUGAACCUUUGGAACUGCUCCAUAUCCAGAAAUUUGACUCGGAAAGCAAGAUAGAAAUCGAAGAAUGCUUAAUCGAAUGCUCCCAGGUAUGCGACGCCGGCGAGUGGGUACGGCGCAGCACUCUAUGGGCAACCAUAGGGCUAGGGGGCAUGAUUGAUGCCGAUGACGACGACGUACCGUUCCCUCGUGUCACUACUUCUUUGGCUGAUGGUAGCAUUCGGGUUCUCACGGCUGUAUCCGCAUGGUUGUCGGGAUGCAGUCGGAACAUCGACAGAAUCCUACGCGCGAACAAAAUGGAAGUGGAGGAAUUGAACGACUUUCAAGAAUGUGUGAAUGAGGACAACUACAAAGAGAUAUCCCGAGACCUGCUGCGCGCAUAUUUUCACCAAGUGGCUUUUGCAGCCAAGCCCAGAAAUAAAUUGAAAGAGGGAGAGCUGCCCAAGCUUUUCGUUGUCGUGGAGCGUGCAGUUAUUGUCAAGGUCACUCUUAAACCUAAGGUCAUUCCCAAGACCAAAAUGCGGCAGAUGGGCGAGUUCCCCUACUUCAACUACCGCCGCACAACAUCCCUUUUCCUCUUUUCACACUCAAAACUUGGAAACCGCAAAGACAAAGCAAGCCAGCCUGAUAGUAACUUCUUCAAGAAUCCCAAGUCUUAUCCUUUCUUCGCCAACAUGCCUCACCCCCGUAUCCCCGGAUUCGCCGCCAUGAAGCGUGCUGACCAAGGCGCCACCCGCCCCGAGCCUGAGAACAAGGGAAUUACUCUUGUUGAGAGUUUGACACUUCGUGGUGUCGCGGCAGAAAACAUAUCUGGCCUCAGACUUGUGAACAACUCUCCUGGUGGCGGGCGCCAGGAGAACGUCGUCGCCAAAGUCCCUGGUCUCGCGGGGACCUAUGCUGCCCUCAUAGAUAACCACGAGAGUCUGAUGGAGGCAUAUAGAAUGCUCCCACGAGGCAGAAUCAGCGUGAUCUUUGCUGUGCCCCCGAACGGGUCGGGGGUGAGCAUGACCUCCACCGAGAUUCCGUGGUCGGUUCUCAAGGCCGGAGAGGACGAAGCCGCCGCCACACCAGACACAUCAGAGAACGAGGAAACCGAUGCUGCCCAAGCGCUCGACGACGACGAGACUGUGUUUGGUGAUGACGAGACCGUCGUCGGAGAGGAUCACAGCCCUAAGAAGGGGACUCGUGAAGAGGAUACCGAAACUCCCCCUCAGCCCACCACCACCGCCGCCGCACCCGCGACCGAACAGGAGGUGCCCUACCCAGACUUGCUGGGUUUGAUCAUUUAA